AUUAGACGCGGACACACCUCGAUUCUGUUAUUCAGGACCAAAGAGCUGGAGUUUUGAGAUCAACAUUUACCUGGAUGUGCCUUCAAAUCUCUAGAGGUCUUGGACUCUUAGAAAAUGUUUGGACCUUUUGACAAACACAUCCAGAGCUACCUGUCUGAGAGAAAGUGUCGCAGGACCAGACUGGUUACCAAAGACGGUCGCUGCAACAUCGAGUAUGGAAACAUCAAGUACAGCAAUCACUUUGCCUUCCUAGCCGACUUCUGGACCACGUUCGUGGAGAUCCGAUGGCGUUUUGUACUCUUCUUUUUCAUUGCGUCGUUCACCUUGAGCUGGUUCAUUUUUGGCCUGCUCUGGUACUGGAUUGCCCGCAGUAACGGUGACUUGACGUGGCAGUCGCCCCCUGUGGAUCAUAUGCCUUGUGUUGACAAUGUUGUCGGACUGACCACGGCAUUCUUGUACUCCCUUGAAACCCAAACGACCAUCGGUUACGGUGGUCGGGCGCUCACCCCGGUGUGCCCUGGCGCUGUAGCCCUGCUCAUCAUCCAGUCUCUUCUGGGAGCCAUCAUCAAUUGCUUCAUGUGUGGAAUCAUUUUGUCCAAAAUCUCCUCACCUAAAAAGAGAGCAAAGACCAUCACAUUCAGUGACAUGGCUGUCAUCAGCCCGAAGAAUGGCGCUCUCUGUUUGUCUAUUCGAGUGGCCAACCUUCGCAAGACCUUGAUGAUAGGAAGCCAGAUCUACGGCAAGCUGCUGAGAACAACCAAUACAGCAGAGGGCGAGACAAUCAUCAUGGACCAGGUCAACAUAGACUUCACAAUGGACGCCGGAAAGGACAACCUUUUUUUUGUGUGCCCGCUCACACUUUAUCACGUCAUUGACAAAAGCAGCCCCUUCUUCGAGAUGGCGGUGGACACGCUCCACAAACAAGAAUUUGAACUGGUCGUCUUCUUGGACGGGACCGCUGAGUCCACCAGCUCCUCCUGUCAAGUUCGGACCUCCUUUAUCCCCCAGGAGAUCAUGUGGGGCUUCAAUUUUUUGCCUAUCAUCUCGCGAAGCAAAGAAGGUAAAUACAGGGUGGAUUUCUCCAACUUCUCUAAAGUGGUGCCUGUAGCCACUGCACACUGCGCCUACUGCUUCCACAACAUCAUCGGGCAUCACCUCCACUCCAAAGAUGGACUCGACAACCAGGGUUUCGAGGUCAUUGAUAUCGACGAUCCUGCAAAUAUCACCAAGAUGUAACACAUCAGAGACACCAGGAACAACAUAUUGUUUUACCUCUCCUUAUGUAAGAAAAGUAGGUGCAGUGAACAGUUUGCUCACUCUAGGUCAAUUGCACCGUGCUGGUGUUUUCUGAUUAGUGCUAAAAUUGGGUGCAUUUUGAAAAUAUACUUCCGGUUACAGUUUUAAGUAUGAAAUAUGCUACGGGUUAUUGCCAUAUUUCAAAACCUUUGUUGCAUGUGUCAUCAUUGCAAACCGACAGCGGACUCAGCCAGACAACCUCUUGGUAAAUGUUACAAUUUGCCAUGCCAACAAAGUAAGAAGGCUCUAAGUACAGUAAGGCUUCACUCUUCAACACGAUGCUAAUUUGCAGUGGAUUUGCUAAAAACAUGCAACCCAUGAACAUUAGUGACUUUAAAUGACAAUUUCAAGACCUAGUAAAAGACUCAGAAAUUAAAAAACAAAAAGAAAAUAACAACUUGAUAGCACAGCUGAAUGUUAAAUGUUUAAUAUAUAUAUAAAUGUGUGUGU